CGCCCCGCCCCGCCGGGUGUGGUGCCGCUCUAGCCUCCCGUCUCUGUUGCCGGCGCCGCUCUACCCCUCUCCCCAUCCUCACCUGCUCCCAGUGCCCGGUGCCGGGCGGAAGUGAGUGGCGCGGUCAUGGCGGCUGUGGACAUCCGAGAUAAUCUCUUGGGAAUUUCCUGGGUUGACAGCUCCUGGAUUCCAAUAUUAAACAAUGGGAGUGUUUUGGACUAUUUCUCAGAGCGAAGUAACCCAUUCUAUGACCGAACAUGUAACAAUGAAGUUGUCAAAAUGCAGCGGAUGACCUUAGAACAUUUGAACCAGAUGAUUGGAGUGGAGUACAUCCUUCUUCAUGCUCAAGAGCCCAUUCUCUUCAUUAUCCGAAAGCAGCAAAGGCAGUCUCCUACACAAGUUAUUCCACUGGCCGACUACUAUAUUAUUGCUGGAGUGAUUUAUCAGGCACCUGACUUAGGGUCUGUCAUUAACUCCAGAGUUCUCACUGCAGUGCAUGGAAUUCAGUCUGCUUUUGAAGAAGCCAUGUCCUACUGCCGCUAUCACCCAUCCAAGGGCUACUGGUGGCAUUUCAAAGACCAAGAAGAACGAGAGAAAGCUAAACCAAAAGCCAAGAAGAAAGAAGAACCAAGUUCUAUUUUCCAAAGGCAACGGGUAGAUGCUUUGCUUUUAGACCUAAGACAAAAGUUUCCACCCAAAUUUGUUCAGCAAAAACUUGGAGAAAAGCCUAUCCCAGUGGAUCAAAUCAAGAAGGAACCAGAACCAGCCCCUGAAGCUGUCAAGCAAGAGGAAAAAGAGACUGUAAAGAAUGCUCAGCAGAGUGCUGGUGCUAAAGGACCACCGGAAAAACGGAUGAGACUCCAGUGAAGGCAGAAGUUGUUGCACGUCUGGAUUGGUACCUGGAAAACAGGAUAUUCUUGCUCCCCUUUCUUUAUAUUUAAGCCCUCCACUGAGACUGAUGAUUCAGGGCCUGAAGUCCCUGUAACAUCUUUUUCUAUAGAACCCUGCCACUCAGAUGUUAAUGUCAGGUUGUGAGAUGCCUCAAAGAAGGUGUUUUCAGUCUCUUCAUCUGAUUUUGAAUGUUGGCUUCUGAGAAUGGUUUUUACACAGACAUGUUUUGCAGCUUCCUGAAAUCUUCACAGGCUCUUGCAUCGCUUGUGUCUUGGUUUCCUGUGUAAAAAAAACUUUUAUAUAUAUUAAAAAAAGAAUUCUUGGCAAAUAAAAAUGCUGGUUGCUGGAAUGCCUUUCUUAAAUGCUUACUUUGUUCGUAACGAACGUGCCAUAUGUGCUAGCAGCUUUCUUUCGCUUAGAUUUUGGAAUAUAUUCUGUGCUAUUCUGAGGGGAAAAAAGUUCAACUAGAGGAUUUAGGCUGCCUGCUAUAAAUUGCUGUGCCUUUAGUGUGCUUGGAAUACAGGUAAAAGAUUUGAUAACUGGAGGCUCAAAUCCAUGUAAUUUGAUGUCAGACUGCCCUCAGUCUCUAAAUGUUCCUGGCCACUCCUUUUACUUAAUAGCUAAGCUGGUCUUUUAUUGUAAAAGCUAGUAGUCUGUGAGAGAUAUUUAUGAUGACUUAAACCAGGCUAAAAUGUCUUGCUGUUGCACAUUCAGUGACAUUGUUUAUAUUUCUUUUUCCAGCGUAACUCGAAUAUAUGUUAUGUCUGUUCCUCUGUAUUUCUAGCACUUUCUUGCUGCAUCUGCUCUGUGCAUACUGCAUCUGAUCACCGUGAUUUAGUCAUCUGCUUUUUAGACCUGAGGAGGUAGGGCAGUUGAAGAGAAACAUCACUGACAGCUAUACACUUUGCUGUUUUAGCAUGUGGCCUACACAAACCAAAGAGGAUGGGCUUCUGGUCUGAUCCCAUUUGAGUUAAAGUGCCAACAUCUAAGCUAUUGAGAGGAUAGAAAAUGGUUUCCAUACAUGAAACAAUGCAUUUGAAUGUGAUAAGCCUCUUCUGGGGAAUGAUCUUUUCCUGAGAGAAUAAUACAGUGAUAAAAUCAUAAGGGAUGUUACCAAUGGUCAGUUUGUUAGUAGGUGUCCUUCAGUGCUGAAGGUUUGCCAUAUGAGGGGAUGAGGAACUGAAAUAUCUUCUAUUCUGUUACUUGCUAACAAGAUAGUCCAAAUAAUUUUAUCAGCUAAGUGCACUUUGUUAUUAACUGAAGCGACGUCAGAUAUUACUGUUAAAUUCAAAAUAAUUUACUGUCAAAAAGCUAUUAAGCAGCUAUCUUGUAGUCAGUAAUGUUUUUCAGUGUGUGAGAUCCUAAGCCUCUGGUAUUUAUAUACUGUCUCUUGGUUUGGAGCCUGAGUUCUGAAGUCCAAAGUCCUUCAAAGGACCUUCAGUAUUUGUAAAUCUUACAGAUAAAAGAGAAAUAAGUAAGCA